UCGCCGUUGACAAAAUAUUKGAAMACCUAAAAACGCAACAACAAAUCAGGCAGCCGAUAGAACGUUUACGGUCUUUACGAAACGAUUUAAAUUCAAAUWACAUUGAUAUCCGUUUGCCAAUUUUUUUCUGAAAAGUCAACAGGAAGCAUCGCAACAUGAACUUAGACUGUAAAAAAGACGAAUCAGCACUAAACAAAGAUGAGGCAAAGCAUGGACGGCAUGAUGCUCACAAAUAUCAUGACACAAUGGGUGAAAUUGUACAAGACCAAGGGCUACCUGUUAAUGUGAAGAACAAUCAUGGAGUUGAUUUAUCACCACAAAAAAAAGAUGARGAUAAACAUGGACGGCAUGAUGCUCACAAACAUCAUGAUACAAUGGGUGAAAUUGUAAAAGGACAAGGAAUACUUGAUAAUGUGAAGAACAAUCAUGGGGUUGAUUCAUCAACACAAAACAGUGAUGAGCCAAAACAUGGACGGCAUGAUGCUCACAAACAUCACGACACUAUGGGUGAAAUUGUACAAGACCAAGAGUUGCCUGAUAAUGCGGAGAACUAUCAUGGAGUUGAUUUGGUUGAUGACCAAGUAACAGAAGUAAAUCCGAAUAAUGGAAUUGAAGAGUCUGGUAACAGUGUGGAUCAAGAUCUUAAUAUCAUCACAGCUCCACUUAAUAUUUAACAACUUGUCCAUAUUGAGUUAUUCAUGACCCACAUUGCUAAUAUAUUAAUGCUAAGUAUUUAAUUGCACAAUUUCAUACUA